AUGGCGGUUCGCCGCUCCGCGCGUUUGCGCAGUCGCCAGCCUUCCUCCGAGGAACCGCAGCUGCCUGUUGACCCCGUCAACCAUCCCAACAACAGUCACACUAGCAACGAAGAACAGACUACUAAAACCCACAACACGCUCCCCUCUGUCAUGGAGCGCGACGAGACCCCUGUUGUUGACACCCCUUCCCGGCCCAAGGCUGCUCCUACUCCUGCAACUGCUACUGCCCCCUCUACUUCUACCAAUCUCCGCACUCCUGUCAAAUCAGCUCCUCCCCAGCCCAAGCCUGCCGCCACUCCUUCGGUCGCGGUGAAUCGCGGCACUCCUCUGAAAGCAACCCCCUCGCAGAAGACUCCCUCUCAAAAGGCCCCAUCUCAGAAAACGCCCUCCCAGAAGACGCCCGCUCAGAAGCCUUCGGUAGCCAAAACCCCCACCAGUGUGCUCGCGCGCCCGCCUCACCAGGAGAUGCACCCCAGCAAAGUCCACCAGAGUACCACCAAGCAGGCGGACUCGGGCUUGAUCCUGGGCUUCAACCCCGUCAAGAAGGAUGCCGAAGGCAAGGUUGUGAAAGAAUCCCUCGGCCAGGAUACUCCGUCCAAGGCUCGACCUUCGCCCGCGUCCACCCACUUCGGUACUCCGGGUUUCGAGUUCAAAUUCUCCUGCCACGAGUCGCAGCUCAGCGAGGAAGCCAAAAAGCUCAUGGAGACUGUGCGCGAGGAUGCCGCUAAAAUCAAGUCUCAGAUGACCCUGGACCAGAAAGACGAUACCCCUCAGCAGAAGGACGAUCAGCAGGCCGGAGACCGAAGAAUCGCGCAGCCCAAGGGCAAGACCAAUCGCUUCAGCAAUGCUCACAUGGCCGAGUUCAAGAAGAUGGACUCGAUUGCCGGCCACGCCUCUGCCUUCCGCGCCACUCCCGGUCGCUUCCAGCCCGUUCAGAAGACUCUCAAGCGGACCACCUCCAAGGCACGUCUGGAUGAAUCGGACAAGAACUCCCCCGCUAAGGCGGCUGCCUCCAAGCCUUCUAUCGCGUCUCCUGCCGUGCCUACUGCGAGCAGCACCAAACGCGUGAAACAUGUCAAGACCGACGAUACAUCUACGAACCGUCCCGCCGAAGGCGAACCUCGUACUCCCAGCAAGCCCGCUCAAAGCCGUCCCCGGUCGACCGUUCGCAACUCGUUGAUGACCCCGACUGCGGCUUCCGCGGCGCGCACCACCUACACGAGCAUAAAGCCCCCUCGCGCCUCCAUGAUCCCCUCGUUGGCGCGAUCGCCUUCGUUGAAUCAGUCCUCGGCUCCGCGCACACCCAGGACGGACUUCAACCCUCGAUUCAAGACCAACAUCCCGUCUCUGCCGAACCUCAAAUCGAUUCUACGCCGUCCCCACCAGCCCCUCUUCUCCAAGGAUCCCACCAAGAUCGCGGCUGGCACCCACGCGGCCGCGCCCGACUUCGACUCCAAGUCGCUGAUGGGAUCUUCGCGGGACGCGUCGGAAGAUCCCGUUCAGACCCCUUCGCCCAAGAAGCGCGUGGAGUUCUCGGCUAGCACGCGUUCCCCUGCUGAAGCGUCUCCUUCCCCCUCCAAGGCCCCCGCGCCGGCGCCUCAGCCCAUCUCUGAUAUCGUGUAUCCCACUCUGCCGGUGUUGACUCCGGAUCACGCCGUUUCCAAGUCCGCAAACGCCGAAGCCAAGCCCACUAUCCGUCAAGUUCGUCCUUCGGAUGCCGCCCCUGCCACCACUCCCGCCCCCGAUGUCGCCGGCGUGCCUCAUGGAAUUGGAAACAAGAAGCGGCACCGUGCCACUGAAGACGAGGCCGAUGCCGAGAACGUGCCGCCUGCCGAGCCCGCCUCGGAGGCUCGCAGCACCAAGAGGGUCAAGCUGAGCUCCCCGUCUCCCACCAAGAUGCCCACUCCUAGUCCCACCAAGGCUCGGACUCACACUCCCAUGCGGUCGCCCUCGAAAACUAUUCGAUCGGGGACUCCGGCGAGUGCUAGGCAGAGGAACCGGGGCGUGAUGAGCAUGAGCCGCUUGAAUAUGCUCGCUCAGCCCAAGAAUCGCCCUUGA